CAGAGUAGCUGAAAGGCGACGAGAGCGGCGGUGCAGAGGUGGAAUCACGAACAUGAUGGGGUUACAAAUCUUUGUCCGACUCCUGCUGCUCACAUGUCUGCUCCAAACAGGUGUGAGGAGUGUGAAGGAUUCGGUGUUUGUUUACAGCAGAAUCGGAGACGUCGCCCUGCUGCCCUGCACCAAACCGAUCUCAGCCGGCUGCUCUUCCGUCACCUGGACUUUCUUCAGAGGCGGCCUGGUCCGUUACAGCGAGGAGGUGACCAGAGGGCGGGUCAACCCCGACUCGGACAAAUCCAGCAGAACCACCGUCACGUCCAACUGCUCCCUCGUCCUCAGCGACCUCACCGUGGAAGACGCGGGUUCGUACGUGUGUAUGGAGAACAAGGAGGCGGUCACCGACGCCUACCUGUCGCUGCUGAGCGUCAGGUCGGGUUCGCCGAUCACGGAGCUGCGGCCUGGAGGGAACCUCUUCCUCACCUGCAUCCUCUUCACCUACUACGACGCGGGCAGCUGCAAGUCGUACUCCAACGUGAUCAGGGUCAACUGGCUGGAUGAGGACGGAAAGCAGCUGCCCAGAGACGACAGAAGGCACAAGGUGACUGAAAACACUCGGUGCAACGUCACUCUACUCAUUAAUCUGCAAGCGGAGGACAACAACAGGAAGUGGAGCUGUCAGGUGGACACCACAGAAAACAAGAAAGUUACAUUUCUAGAUUUCAGAUCCUCCUUUCUGUUUCAAAACACUCUCACGGACCAGACUGUGAAGCCGCCGGUCACAGAGGAGUGUCUCGCAGAGCUGCCCAUCAGCCGGAUCGUUCUGUGUGCGGUUCUCCCGCUCAUGGUGUGCAUCGUGGGAUUCUUCACAUGGAAAUCAGACCACAAGAGAGCAAAGAUCUCAGCUGCUGUCAUCGAGCUGCAGGAUGUUUACUGACUGACUGAUUGUCCUGAUCCAUUUGCUGCAAAGAAACUGUAAAAUGCAGAAUGGGUGUUUACCAAUCCACCUAAAAUGAAGAAAAUGGACAAUUGUCCCUUGAUACACUGUAAAAACACAGUCUUAUCAAGUAUUUGUGUCUGGUUUGUCUGAAAUAAGAUAAAGCUGACUUCUAAAUAACUUUUCAGCAAGACAUAGGAGCUUGUUUUCAGUCAAUAAAUAUUGAUGAAAAAGUACCAGUUCCACUGGCAGAUUAUUACAAAUGGGUGCAAAACUUUAUAGAAAACCCCCCACAAUUUCACAAUUGUUGUGUUUAUGUUUAAUAAAUGCAAUUAAAAUCAUGUUUCUUUAAGUUUGUCCAUACAAUAAGUCAUUAAGAAACAUGACACACCAUUAUCCUCUUACCACUUCCUGUAAUUUUCUUUGUCUUUUCCGCCAGUAGUAACAUCUGGGUGUUGAUCACAUUUCGAUUCAACCGUAAAACCACCUCAUUCUAGCAAAAACAGUUUUGAAAUUGUCAAGUUUCCAUUAAGUGAAUAUAUUUUUGUAAUUCCAAUUUGUGCAAUCUUAUGGUCAAUGUAAACACAGCUACUCAUAACAAGACAUUUUUCCCACUUUUUAAGUGAAAUAAUCUGCCAAUAGAAUUUGUACUUUUUGUAAACAUUCAAGAAUUAUUCCCUUAAAACAAGCUAUAUCUUACUGAAAAGUUACUUGUACAUUUGUUUUGUCUUAUUUCAAGUGUAAAAAAAUAUUUUCACCAGAAACUAAACAAAAGUACUUGGUACUUUUGCAGAUAUUUGACACAUACUGUGCUUCAUGCUUGCUUAUUAAAAUGUUAACCUUGCAAACGUUGCAGAUAUUUCAAGGUUUCUUUUUACUCCAUGCAGCUUUAAUUUAUUUAAAAUCACGCUGUUCUCAUUUGCAAUAAUUAAUUUUAGUGUCACCUCCUCUUGGUUCUCAUAUCAAACUUGACAGUGCUACUUUGUUGCUCCUGCAUUAAUGUUUAAGAAAGUUCACAAUGGUGAAUCUAUUUUUCAGUGUCAGUGUUAUUUUUCAAAUAAAUAGGAAAACUCUGCACUGGCUUGCAAAAAUAGUCAUACUCCAGGAGCUUUUUCAUAUUUUCUAUGCUACAAUCACAAACAAUGUAUUUCAUUUAGAUUUUAUGUGGCAGACCAACAAAAAGUAGAAAUUAAAGUCAUAAUAAUAAAAAUCAGAAAAAGCAUACUGUGCCUUUGC